CUGCAUCCCCUCCAUCCUCCAGGACUUGAAGGCUCCUCUGAAGAUGCUCAGCGUUGCGGGUCGCUUGUCACUUGGUGAAACCGAGUUGCCUUGAAGAAAACCAAACACCGGGAACCUUUCGUUUUUAUUGUUUCGAUCCUGAGAUCCACUCUCAGUUUUCUCGGCGCGCGUGAAUUCUUCCGACAUGGAACUGAAGAAAUCUAUCUCGGACACMGAGCGCGUGCUCAGGAGCUACGGCGCCGUGUCGGAAACGGCGUGGACGACGGACAAAGGUCACUCGGACGUGUCCAUGGCGGAGAGCACCAUGUCUCCAGAGGAGAUYGAGGUGGAGAUGACUCGCAUCCAGCGCCUGCGGGAGGUCCUGGUGCGCAGAGAGUCRGAGCUGCGCUUCAUAGAAGGAGACAACUAAGCAGCACCGGCAGCAGGAGGAGGAGUUGAUCCUGAAGAUCCAUAAACUGGUGCAGAAAAGGGAUUUCCUGGUCGACGACGCCGAGGUGGAGAGAUUAAGGGAACAAGAGGAGGACAAGGAGAUGGCCGAGUUCCUCAGGCUGAAGCUGAAGCCCCUGGAACAGAAGCUUAAAGCUUCACAAAAUCCUCCAAAACCCAGGAGACAGAUCCAGGAGCUUCCUCCAAACAAACCCUCCAUCACCAAGUCAGGAGUGGCCAUCAUUAAAGACUGCUGCGGAGCCACCCAGUGUGUUGUAAUGUAACUGAAACUGACCCUCUCUGUGUCGCAACACUCCAGUCACAUGACACAACCACUUCCUGUUACUCAGAGAACCACAGAUAGCUGCGUCUGCCCUCGAACCUGCUCAUAAAUCAGAUUUAUUCUUCACCCGUAGGCGUUUUUGGGAGCUGAUCCCAGAUCAGGGGAUUUUACGGUGAGGAGUGUCUGUUAGUGAGAUUUAUCAGGACUGAUGAACCAAACACAGCAAAGGCCUCAGACAGAAGUGUAAAUAACAUCUGACAACUAGGUGUUGAUUUAUUUUUCAUUCCUUCAUGCUGYAUUCAUUUAAAAACACAAUUUAGGGUUCAUUUUUCAUAAAUGUAGUCAGUAUCUUACCUGCAGAUGACAGCUCUGAGGGAAAUACUCAUGAAGGAAUAAAGCUAACAAACAUCAGUUUUAUGAUAAAGACGAGUUGAAGUUGACAGCGCAAAUACUGAGGACUAGUUUAUGAACAACAGUCUGAAAGCCUAAUGUGACACAGAAAAUACUCAAUAAAACAAGGUGAUGUAACUUAAUCGAACAAACAAACAGCUGCUUAAAGUGAUGCAUUCCUGAAUAAGUCACUUCCUCCAACUAAUAAGGACUUUUGGAUUUAGUCGUUUUGAAUGUCAAGAUAUUUGUCAGAAUAAUUCCUAAUCCCCCCACCCUUUUCUCCAAAUUCUAAACAAUUUUUUUGUCCAUCUGCUGCAGGUAUGACACUGACUACAAGUACUCAAAACAACCCACCCAAAAAUGUUCUUUGAUGAAGAUGAUGUGUCUGAUUGUACAAAUAGGCCUAAAAGCACAAUGUCCACAAGGGAAAUCUGAGGUGGGGUAAGAAACAGUCAACUGAACAAAACUUCCCAAUAAAUUGCUAAAUAUUGAUGUGUAAGUUACCAGUCUGUAGACUGAAUCUUUCUGUGUUUUGAACCAAUAUUCUUAAUUAUAAUAUUUAAUGCAGAAAUAAAAUGUGGGCUAAGCUUUCAGAUACUUUUGUCGUGCUUUAAGUAAUGAGUGCCACAGUUCAACACCUAUAUACACCUACAUAAGAUCUGUCAUCUUUAUGCAACAUCAUCUCAAACAAUCAUCAGCUACCUGGAAAAACAGACUGACAGUAUGGCAUCAUUGUUAUUGUGGGUAUUAACACUGCAAACAACGCACAUCCUCUGAUUUUAAAGUUUUUAUGCCAAACACGAGGAGAGCAAUGCAACUUUUGUACAGGCCUCCGGUAGAUGGCGUACGCUCGAGUGUAUGUAGGACAUUAGUGACUUGCAUCAAAGCAAUGUGUCGUUCCUUGUCACCUCUGAAAAUGUUUGUAGUUGUAGUGAAUUUAUGAAGGUCCUGAUAUGCAGAGAACAAGCGAAGCUUCUUGUACAUACAUGUUUAAAUAAAGAGCAUCUUUCAAGAACGCA